AAAUGGAGUAGGGUUGGAGAUGCCCUAAAACGUUAAUACUGCAAAAAGCUGAUAAAGUUUAAACUUAAAACCAAUAUGCAUUCGUAUUAAUUAGUAUCUAAUGAAACUAUGACUAUAUGGUAUUGUACCAUGCAAGUGUACAUGCCCUUGGUGUUUUUAAUUUGUUUCAAUGUAAUAUCUCAAACAAUUUCAGUAUUUAGGUGGAAGUUCCGAUCAACUUCCUAAAUCUUAUUAGGCAUUUCCUGGAAACCAACGCAUCUCUCGCGUUUGCCAGUAAAAACGACCGUAAGGUAACUCAGAGAACCUUAAUAUAGGACUGAAGAAAACCACCAAAAUAAGGGUAAAUCUUCUGGUUAUCCGUUGACUUACAACUUCUACAUCCAAUAAUCAUCCGCCAUGUGUCUAAUAGGCAUGUGUAGAAAAAAGAAAUAGACAAGAAAUAGAGAAAGAGCCUUUGGACACAUUUUGAAGUUUCACUUUUUUUUUCCUUGCGUUACCUUCCUCUUCAGCUAGCUGACACAUAACAAAACACGAAACAAGAAAAUAACAAAAGAAUAAGAGAAAAGCCUUUUGAUUUUAUUUUUAUUGAAACAAUUUGGAAACACACAUUUCGUUCUAAAGUUUGUAGCCAGAAACUCAUAGCUCUUGGAAAUCUUUAUGAUUCGAAUUCUUUGUUAAUAGAGUUUUAUCUCCUCUCAUAACAUGUAUGCAUAUGCAAGUUGAAGGUAACCUCACCAAUGAAGGGUUUCUUAAAAGGGUUGAGGUACAUUGCUCGUAUCUUCGAAGAUGAGAAGGAACCAGAGAUACAGAUUGGAAACCCGACCGAUGUCAAACAUGUUGCUCAUAUAGGAUGGGAAGGGCCCUCUGCUACGACCCCAAGCUGGAUGCAUGAGUAUAAGUCUCCAGAGGAGUCAAAAGGAAAUUCCAACAAGAAAGAGAAGCAAAGGAACAAGGGGAGACGUAAAUCAUCUACAAACACAAACAACUCACCUUCAGAGUCUCCAUCGAGAGUGGGAGGAUCAACUAGGCCAUCAAAACGCAGCACGGGUAAGCAGAGAGAGCAGAGCACGGGUGAAGGGUCAGAGUCAGGUACAGGCAUAGACUUACCUCAACAGAAUGAUCAGUCCUUGGGACAGAAAAAAUCGAGGCAGAAACGGUCGAAAGGUGGAGGAGGACGAGGCGGCGAACCUUCUCAGUCUGCUCAACCUGCAAAGUCAAAAGAAACAGAUAUAUCCGUGCGGGCGGUUUUACCUUGUGUGGGUCUUGGAAGUUCUGCCGGAAGAUGAGAGGUGAGAAAAGGAGAGUUUUUCUUGAUCAAGUUUAGACUAGAGUGGUGCUUUUGUUUUUCUUCUCAUCAUCUACAUACCUUUUUCUUUUCUGAUCUCCAUUUUGUUGGAGUUGCAUUUGUAUAACAAGACCAAUGUUUUUUAUCAAGUCAUUUACGAGAAAAGAGAACCCUAUGAUGAUUAUGAAUCAGGAUGUGUAACUUAUGCUUUUUGCUUAAUGAUUUUGGUUGGUCUAUAGAAUAUUCCAUCACCUUUCUAUUGUGUUUGAUUGAAUUCUUGAAAUGAUUUAAAUCUUGUUAUACUAGUAAUAUAUCAUAUUCGUUUGACUGAUCGCAUAGUCGGUUUUUGAGGAGUAUAAAAACAAGUUGUAAAAAUUGAAAUUUUGUUCAUUCAAACAAUCAAUAAAUAAGAUUCUAGUUUUUUUUUUCUGAGGUUAGUUAGCAGAUUUACUCAACAAAAAAUGUUAUUCUAUUAGUAUAGACUUGAGUCUAACAUCUAGUCCCUCCGUUUUUUAUUGUUGUUUUAGGCUUUGACACACAAGUUAACAAAAUAUUUAAUUUUGAAUAUUUUCAAAAUAAAAAUAGAAUAACCAAUACACCUAACCACAUUUCAAAUAAUAGAAAAACAGAUUAUAAUAUAAAACUAAUAAAAUUUACAAUAAAAUUAUAAAACACGACACUUAUUUUGAAAAGAAAUUUUUUACUCUGGAACGAUAAUUAAAAUGACGCGGAUGGAGUAUUCUGAUAACUGUACGGUAUGUUAAAUCUAACAAUACUUUUGGACAUGUUUUAACAUAUUUUCGCAUGUUUUUUUUGUCAUAUAGUAUUUUGCAUUUACAGAUUUUUUUUUUCGAUUUUGUAUCGUUUCCAGUAACAAAGAAAAACAAAAACGAUACAAAAAAUAAGGAAUAAAUAUCUUAUACAUGACAUUAGAAGAUUGAUCUAGAAUAAAAUGCACAUGGCUUUAAACGAUUGAUUAGAACUUUCAAAAUGACAUUGCUCGGCCUCUCCGAUGACAUUUUUGGACGGUCGCAGUUCUUGUGUGACUGUUACGUCCCUAAUAAAUGUCCGGUUCGUCGAUGCGGGUGCUUGGCCUCUGGUGUGGCUGUCUGAUUAUGUUGGUGGAUGCUCAAAAAGUCUUAUGUGAGCUGUUUUUGGUCGGACCUCAUCUUUAAGAGCAGAUUCAUCGGGGAGGCCAAAAUUAUUGGGUUUUGAUUCUCGUUUUAACAUGCUCUUUCUUUUGCGGCAAAUGGUAAGUGUGGAAUAAGCUGAUGCCUCUGAUCAGCGGUUUUGCUUGUUGGGUCGGUUUCGGUUAGAUAGAUCGAGUUGUUGUUUAGGUUUUAUUUUCUUUCGUCUACUUCUUGUCUCUAUUGUAUUUCUGUCGAAAAUUUGAAAAGUUUGGUAAUAAUAUCUUUACAUUUUACCAAAAAAAUGACAUUGCUUGAAAUGGCAUUUGACUUAAACAUUUAUAUUUUAGAUUAAAAUCAUUAUUAUAAGAUAUUUUAUGUAAUGCGUCCGUCUAAUGUUCACGUUUAGCUAGAUGCAGGUCACCGUAGAGUCGUAGACUUACCCAUGAUGAAACACAUUUUUGGUUCUAAAAUGUUAGUUGUUGAAAAAAAGGUUCUAAAAUGAUAAACCAACCCAUCCCAUUCAUCUCAUCCCUUAGUGGAUUUAGGCGGGUCAACCCAACCCUGUUCAACUGGCCCUCAGAAUAUGCAUCCGUGAGUUUUGUGAUUGAUCUGCGAGCACUUAGAACAUGAUUAAUAGAA